AUGGCGGGUGCGGCGGCAGGGGCACAGGGCACCUUCGGGGCCUGGGACUACGGGGUCUUCGCGCUCAUGCUGCUGGUGUCCAUGGGCAUCGGGCUGGGGGUCGGGCUGGCCCGCGGCGGGCAGCGCAGCGCCGACGACUUCUUCACGGGCGGCCGGCAACUGUCGGCUGUGCCCGUGGGCCUGUCGCUGGCCGCGAGCUUCAUGUCGGCCGUGCAGGUGCUGGGCGUGCCGGCCGAGGCCUCCCGCUACGGCCUCAAGUUCCUGUGGAUGUGCCUGGGCCAGCUGCUCAACUCGCUGCUCACCACCACGCUCUUCCUGCCCGUCUUCUACCGCCUGGGCCUCACCAGCACCUACCAGUACCUGGAGCUGCGCUUCAGCCGUGCAGUCCGGCUUUGCGGGACGGUCCAGUACCUAGUGGCCACAAUACUGUACACUGGCAUCGUGAUCUAUGCGCCCGCACUCAUCCUUAACCAAGUGACGGGGCUGCACAUCUGGGCGUCGCUCCUGUCCACUGGAAUCAUCUGCACCAUUUACACGACUGUAGGCGGCAUGAAGGCCGUGGUCUGGACCGACGUGUUUCAGGUUCUAGUAAUGCUGCUGGGCUUCUGGGUGAUUCUGGGCCGGGGCACGGUGAUCGUGGGCGGGCCCCAGCGAGUGAUGGAGUUGGCCCAGAACCACUCCCGGAUCAAUCUGCUGGACUUCAACCCCGACCCUCGGAGACGAUACACAUUCUGGACAUUUGUGGUGGGGGGCACGUUGGUGUGGCUCUCCAUGUACGGUGUGAAUCAGGCGCAGGUGCAGCGCUACGUGGCCUGCCGCACAGAGAGGCAGGCCAAGCUGGCCCUGCUUAUCAACCAGCUGGGCCUGUUCCUGAUCGUGGGCAGUGCUGCUGGCUGUGGCAUCGUCAUGGUCACGCUCUACAGCAACUGCGACCCUCUCCUUGAGGGCCGCAUCUCUGCCCCCCCCCAGUACAUGCCCCUGCUGGUGCUAGACAUCUUUGAAGACCUGCCUGGCAUCCCGGGCCUUUUCCUGGCCUGUGCCUACAGUGGCACCCUCAGGUGAGCUUCUUUGACCACUCACCCGGCUUGUCCCAGGGUGGGGAUGGGGCUUCUCACCCUUGACUGUCCUGCUACACCCCCUGCAGCUCUCAUCUAUGGUUCAGCCUGUCUAACAGUGGCAGCUCUGUCCUCGCUGCUGGGGGGCGGAGUCCUCCAGGGCUCCUUCACCGUCAUGGGUGUCAUCAGCGGACCCCUCCUGGGGGCCUUCAUCCUGGGAAUGUUCCUUCCCGCCUGCAAUGUGCCGGGAGUUCUCUCUGGACUCAUCAUGGGCGUGGCGCUUUCGCUGUGGGUGGCUGUGGGUGCCAUCCUGUACCCGCCGAGUGAGCAGACCAUGGGGGUCCUGCCCACCUCAGCCACGGGCUGCGCGGCCUCACCAGCCAACGCCUCUGGCCUCUUGGGCCCCCUGCUCAUCUCCAAGGCCCCCAGCCCCGCGCCCAGCUCUGGGCUGGACUCCAGCCGGCCGGCCUUAGCUGACAGCUUCUACGCCAUCUCCUACCUCUAUUAUGGUGCCCUGGGCACGCUGAGCACUGUGCUGUGUGGAGCCCUGGUCAGCUUCCUGACAGGACCAACCAAACGCAGCACCCUGGGUCCUGGGCUGCUGUGGUGGGACCUCAAGAAACAGACGGUGUCGGUGGCCCCCACAGAGGAUGCGACCCCCCUAGAUCAAAGAUUGGCCAAGUGUUUGACUGCUCAAGCCCUCCCAGAGGGGCCUCAGAAGACACGCCUGGCGAUCUGCUUCUACAGCACGGGCCGCUGA